AUGGUCAACUUAAAUUGGCUAGAACAGAAGAGAGGCAAACUAACAGCAGAAGCUAGCCCCAGCAUAGGCAGAAGAGCCACGAGAGAGGCUAAUCAGAGGCCAAAAGCAACCAUUUUGGCUGGGGUAGUUCUGUGCAGCAGGUGCAAAUGUGAAAGCGAGUUGGAGGUAACUUUUGAUAGGCAAAUUCAGCCCACACCUAGUGUUUUUGACAGGAUUGGAACAUCAUACCAACAUGGCUCAGUUCCAGCUCCACCUAGAGACAAAGGACUAUCUAAGGCUUGCCCAACGCAACAGAAGAAUAACAGAGCAGCCAAAGAAGGAAAUACCAGUUAA